GACGCCGUCAGUGAAGCAGUGGAAGCAAAAGCAGCUUAGGUCCAGGUUUUUCUCCUCUAAGUCCUCUCUGAAUCACGACAUCAAGUCUCGAAAUUGUCCCGCAUGUCGAGAUUUCGGAAAGCCAGAAAACAUGUCCUCCUCAGGCUCAGGAAAACAACUGACCCUCUUCAUAACAAUGAAGAUCAAACCCGACAGAAUCGAAGAAUGGAAAGCAGCUCACAGACCAGUAUGGGCCGCGACCGCCGCAGAGCCCGAACAACUUUUCUUCGACCUCUUUGAAGAUCCCAAUGACCCCGGAACGUUCCGCUUCAUCGAAGUUUGGUCCAAGGACCGCGAAUGGUUCGAAAAGGAACAAUUCACAAAAGACUACUACAAGACGCUGUGGCCCAAGAGCGAACCGACGUGGAGGGAGCCGGUGCAGGUUGAGUAUUACGAGCGUUCGGGAGACGGUCUUAUGACGUAUCGGCAGGGCUUUUUGGAUUUGGGGAAGAAAGUGGAGUAG